AUGGCGGAUAAUUUACUACACGAAGAAUUGAUAAAAAAACUUGACGAAGGAGACAAAUUCUAUGACAAUGGAAGCUAUGAUCAUGCCAUAAAGAAUUAUGAUGAUGUAGGCGAGUGUAUCAAGGGUAGAUUGGAAGUUAGGAAUAUUGACAAAUUCAUGACUCUUACAUACAGAAGUCUAAUUGGUUUAAUGAAGUCUAAAUUUCAGCUGCAUAAACUUCAUGAAGUCAUAAACCUUUUCAAAGAUUUGAGAGAUAUAUUGCCUCCAAAUACCAAUCUUUCGCGGUCUCUACGUGCUGAAUCCUCUUAUAUAAUGGGUAAUGUUUUCUUAAAAAAGGAACAGCAUAAUGAAGCUAUAAGAGAAUUUAAAGAUGCGAUUGAACAUUUAGAUUGUGACCAGCCACAUAAUUUAUUAACUCUCCUUAAGAAUGGCAUUGCUAACGUUUAUACAUUGCAAUUUAAAUAUGAAGAUGCUCUAUCUGCUUAUUUGGAGUCGUUAAAUCAACAAAUAGGAAACAUGCAAAAUAGCUUGACGGAAAUUACUCAAAAUUCCUCCCCUCUAAACACGUUUGAUCUUCAACAACUUCAAAAUGGAAGUUAUUUAGAGUCCCUAGUCAAUAAACUGGAAAAUUCUUUAUCAACGAAAGUGAAAAAGUCCGUCGAAAUGGCUUUGCUUUACGAUACUAUUGGUUAUAUUUUAUCUUUGCAGGGGAGUUUUCGUUUAGCCACAAAGAGCUUGAAAAAGUCUCACAAAAUUAAAGAGAGAGCUUUUAAGAAAAACAGUUGGCAUAUUGUGAACUCAAGAGAAUCUUUGGGCUAUGCUUUCUUUGCUUCUGAUCAAUUAGACGAUGCCAAAAAGCAAUAUAUUAUUUUACAAAAAAUCAAGAAAAAAACAAAAUGCGAAGAUCACGGAUAUAUAGCCAGAAUUAAUAACAUGUUAGGUGACAUUUGCUACCGAAUAGUCAAACCUAAGGUUGGAAAAGACAAAGAAGGCAAAUAUGAUCGUUUUAGGGCGUCAGGACGUUAUUAUCAUUUAGCUGUUAAAUUUGCCAAGCGUAAAAAUGGUGAUAAAUUUGAAUUAUGUAAAGCUUAUUACAAGAUCGGAAAAGCAAAUUUAGAAAAAGAGAAGUUUAAACUUGCCAUGGAUAACUUUAAACAAUGUUUAAAUAUUCAAGACGAAAUAUCGGGACCACGGCGUCUAUUGAUAGCCGAUGCUAAGGAUGGCAUUGCAGAAACAACGCAGCUUAGAAAAGAAUUAAUAGCCUCCAAAAAAAAGUAUAAGAACAGUUUAAUAUUUCGGGAAAAAAUCUGUGCUAAGGAAAAUAUCGAUUUUGUGAAAUCAUAUUUUAGUGAAAUAUGGUGGGAAAAAUAUAUGGACUGCUUUGUUAAGAACUCGACUUUAGAUAGAGCUCCCUUAACAUGCUUUAAAAAACGCAAGUUAUUGCAAGAAUUGGAUGUGAUUAGUUGUAAACUUCGUAACAUAUAUAAAAUACUCUCAGACGAUUCAAAUUCAUUAAAUAGUAACAAAAACCCUUCCCAGAACCAAAAGAACUCUGACGAACAUAAUACAGAAGAUUUUCAAUGGUUGAAGAAAAAAAUUGAUGGGCUAACUGAUAUCAAGGAUAAAAUUUCCAACAGUAAUACGAUUGAUGAUGAAAAUAGAGAUGUUGGCAUCCUGGUUGAUAACACACGAUAUCGAUCAGAUACUUCAGAACAUACCAGCAGAGGUUCAAAAAGGAAAUCCCAAAAAGACACAAAAAUUCAGAGAAAUAAAAGACUCAAGUUCAAUAAUUAUAAAAGCCAUGCUGAUGCAUCAGAAUUGUAUUCCGAUACUUCAACGCCAAUCAGCAGAGAUUCAAAAAAGAAACGUAAAAACGAUACAAAUAUUCAAAGAAAUGAGAGAAUUAAGUCCAGCAAUAACAAGGCAACUUCUAAAACUGUUAUCUCAAUACGGAAGAAACAAGAUAUAAAUAGUAACCCUAAUAGCGAGGCCGCCGAUUUAUCAAAGCAUUAUCCCGGGUUUGACUUUAAUGACGAUGAAAGUUUAAAUUUAUCUCAUGAUUGUAUAUUAACCCAAGCAACUACCACAAGAGGUGAUCAAUCUAGUAAUGUACAUCAUACGUCAACCAAAUAUAUGUUAGCAGUCAAUAAGGUAAAGGGUAAAAAAUCAACAAAUGAAAGACCUUUAACAAAUACAGUGAUUGCAGAUACUGAUGUAGUAGAAUUAGCCGGCCAAGAAAACGAUCAAGUCAGCUUUAACCGUUCUUCAUCGAUAGAAACCAUUUCAGACCUACAGAUACAAGAAGUUCCACACUCUAGUGAAAAUGGGGCCUUUAGCACAGAGUGCAGUUUUCAUUUUAUUAACACAAUAUUAAUUGGAAGUAAUGGUGUUGGUAAAUCAGCCAUUUUCGAACUAUUAACUAAGCAACAUCAUGAUCGAUGCAUGAUUCCUAUAUCCACCGUUAUCGAUAUCGAUGAAAUAAUUAGUCGAAAUAAAUCUAUGAGCAAUAUGAUCAGAUCUUUAUCAUUCUCUAAUAGUAAUAUCCCAUCAACCACAAGAAAUCUUCAAAAGAAUAUAGAAAAUGUAGAUAACGAACAGUAUCAGCAUCCGAUAAAUUUUACGCAAAAAUUUGGAAUUGUAACAAUCCAGGACAUUAUCAGCUUUACAAUUUUCAGUCUCAUAUUUAUAUAUCUACAUUUGAUGUUAAUGCUAAAGCAUUUGAAAAAUUCACUAUAUAAGCAAGAUGAUAGCCACCAUGAAGAUGUCGCCGUAUUGUGCGAGUGGAUAAUUAAUACUAUUAAUCUAACCGGUCAAAGGGAGCGCUUUAUCGUCGAUAUCAAUGGAGUUCCUGAAGAAUUCUGCUCGCCGUUAGUUAUAUUAAUUCCUAUCAAUUAUGACUCUAACUUGAGCGAAGAAGAGUCAUUUUCACGAUUUGAUUCUUUAAUGGCAGCGCUAAUUGCCAAAGUACCUUCAUGUUCAGAAAAUUUUUGCACUCCUAAGAUUAUAAUUGAUUAUGAACUAGAUAAAGAUGGUAAAAGUUAUAAAAUACGAGAAAGUCAGAGUUGUAGAGACUUCCAAAAACUAAUUUGUAACAUUGCCAAGGCUGUACCUUCCAUAAAAUUGAAAGGAAGUACAUUUAUUGAAUGGAUCGACUCUGGCAUAGCUACAAAGCUUCAUAUGCCAAAUUCAAUAGAUGAUAGAGAUGAGACAUUAAAUGCGAUAAAAAGGAGAGGUAAACAAAUGAUAGCGUUGAAAGAAAUACAAGAUUCUAUCGAUACUGAAGACGGAGAAAUAUCGGUUUUAAAUAUAUUCGAAUAUUUACAGGACAUUGGUGAUGUUCUGCUUUAUCAAGCAGGUGAAAAAGUUGACAUCUUAGUUAUUAACAUUUUGUGGCUCAUUACGAUCAUAAAUGAGGUUUUUAAAAUUGGAGAUGAAAGUAGCAAGCUUCCGAUGUCUGGUAGAAAAAGAAAAUACUACGAACACGCUAAAAAGACAGGCGUAGUACCAAAGAAUGGAAUCAAAGCAAUAUUAAAUGGAUAUUGCUUAGAUGACACUGAUGUAGAAAAAAUCGUGCUAAUUAUGGAAUAUUAUGGCCUCAUCUAUCGAUUUCUAGGAAAGUCGGAGACGAUGCAAGACAAUCUUAAUACACAAAUGGAUUACUUCUUUCCAUAUUCAUUGACGCCAUGCGAAACGAAAUUAAACCGUAAUUUAAGUACAUUCUAUCAUUCUAGCUGUCUCUAUUUAGGCUUUAACCCGGAAAAAUUUUCUUAUAUCACCGGUAAGAUCUUUUAUAACUUUCUAUCAUCAAGUCAAGAAGGCUGGAUAGUCAAAUUAUAUAGGCAAUGUGCCGAAUACUUCCCAAGUCAUAAUAAUUACAUCGUAAGAAUAAAAAAAAGUUGUACGCAUAUUUGUUUGCAAUACUCUUAUCAGGUUGUCAAUAAUAAUGACGAAGUAAACGAACUAAUUAAAAAAAGAGCAACAGAUUCAAUAGCGAAUGAUCAGCCCCAUAUUAAGUUCAAAAAUGAAUUACUUAAAGUAGUCAAAAGUCAAACUUUAUCUCGGGAGGACAUUCAGUGUCAUUUUUAUAUUGAAUGUCAAGAAUGCGAAAGACUAAUUCUCAUUCCGAAGCUAAUAAAAAAUGGUAUGAUUAAAUGUUCGACAUGCGGUUUGUUUUUCUCGGCGAACGUGAUAAAAGACUGGAAAUUAUACGAAUGCAAACCAGAAGUAGCCCUACCAAACGAAGCGAAUGAUUUUGAUGACAAAUCGAUAUCAUGUGAAGGAGAAGACGAAAAUCAGUCUGACUACGAAUCUAUCCCUGAUAGCUCUUUGGAAAAAAAUAGUGGCGAAAAUUUAGAAUCAGCAUCAUCAUUCUGUAGUACUAAAAGGAAGCGAAAUCAGUCUCCUCUUUUAUCAGAGGAUUCCAAGGUGGCUCGUGGACAAUCAAAUUCCUUGAAUGAUCCAAAAAGUCCGCCCUCAUUAAGCAGCGCAACCCGGAAAGCACUAGAAUGUUGUCGUGAAGAAUUUGAGAGAAAAAAUCCAUAUGACGAAAUCAAGCAAAUUUUACGACGCGAGCGUGUCUUAACACCGGCAGAAAUUGAGAAUAUAAAUGGGAAGCAAAAUACAGCUGAUCGAUCUGUAGCUUUAAUGGAAAUCCUUUUAUCUCGUGACGAUUACGAUUUUUUAGUAGUUUGCGACGCAUUAGAAAAUUCAUCUGCACGUUCAUUAGAUACUUUAGGAAAAAGAAUGAAGCGUAAGUUCGAAGAAUUCAAGUGUUUGAAAUAG